AUGAGUUCUCAAGGCAUGACGCGAAAACGGCCGGCCCCAGGAACGACUCCUGCAGUGCACCCACAGAUGGGCACGGUCCCCAACUAUUCUUCCGCGAAUCCGAAUUCUCAGCUAUCCAACGACCAAUUCUUACAGUGGGGGCAAAACCCCGCCGUUAAUGCAGUAAAUGCCUCCUCUUACGCCGAAAACCCUGCAUAUCACCAAGGAAAUAUAAAUGCCCAGGAUGUGCCCGCUGCAGCAACAGCCAACAAUAGCCAACUUGCUCGUCGCCAGCAGGCGAAUCAGCUUGUGAGUCGCAACCGUGGGUACGAGCAAACGCCCGUAGCCUAUUCGGAACACAAUCCGAGUGGAAAUCCGGGAGAGUCGGGUGCAUGGGGUGAAAGCCUCGAGGAGUUGUAUGCGCGGGCCCAAGCCGCGAAGAGAGAGUCGCAAGCGAAGCGAAAACAGAUUCCCCCUUUCGUGCAAAAACUCAGCAGUUUUCUUGAUGAGUCCAAAAACACGGAGUUGAUUCGAUGGUCCGACGAUGGCAAUUCUUUUAUUGUGCUAGACGAGGAUGAGUUUGCGAGGACACUGAUUCCCGAGCUUUUCAAACACAACAAUUACGCAUCAUUUGUCCGACAGUUGAACAUGUAUGGAUUCCACAAGAAGGUUGGCCUUUCCGACAACUCGAUGCGCGCCAGCGAGCGAAAAAACAAGAGUCCGAGUGAAUAUGCGAACCCCUACUUCAAACGUGGCCACCCGGAUUUGCUCUGGUUGAUCCAGAAGCCGAAAAACACACCAGGUCACACUAGCAAGGGGAGUAAAGGUGGAACGCGGGUGAAGACAGAGGACGUGGAUGAGAACGAGAUAGAAGAUUAUGGGGAAGAUGGCGUGCCUGCGUCUCGUGAGAGCCGGCCAAGACCUCAACAGCUUUCCCUCCUCACAGAAACUCCUAUGCCAUCAGAUCAGUUGUCUGGAGUCUACCGAGAAUUGCAAGCGAUUCGUCAACAGCAACAGAUCAUUUCAAGUACCAUAACCAGGCUACGGAAGGAGCAUGAGCAGCUCUAUGCACAAGCUGCCAAUUUCCAGGAGCAACAUACUCGGCACGAGAACUCAAUCAACGCCAUACUCACAUUCCUCGCUACUGUUUAUAACCGCAGUUUGCAAGGACAGGACACAAACCAAAAUAUCGCAAAUUCUUUUGCUGGAGCCAUUUCCGGGGACCAAGGAAACAUUGUCGAUCCCUACUGGGCAAAGGACAAUGAAGAAACAACCCCUGCUUUUGAAAGCCCCCCUAUCGUCGAUGACAACGACCGUGCCUCUACUAUUUCCCCGGCGGUAACUGGAGCCUAUGAGACAAGAUCUCGGGGUCAUGCUCGCCAGCCAAGUGCUGGCAAACCUGGUCAUGUUGAGGAGGUUUUCGAUAACAGCCCACGGCAGAGCAAAUCUGAUCAUCCAGGGCAACCAAGUGACGCAAAUUCCCCUCAGCAGGACAUCAUGUCCGUUAUCCAAAAUUCCAAUGCAAGGAACGGCCUUGCGACGAACUUUUCGGACUUUCCCAAUGUUCUAUCCUCUCUCGAAACAUCUGGCGGAAAUGUGCCUCUUACUGCUCAUCAGCGCGCCGAUAUGCUUCGUCUCAUGGCCAAUGAGGCCAACACGGCGGAUCCCACUGCCUCGGGUUCUUCAAACAACGCUCUUAUGACUCCGACCCCACCACCCAUGCCUCCGAACUAUUCGGGCCGCCUCGCGAACACUCGCCAAGAAAUCGACAAUUUAGUCAAGAUGCAAGCCGAGCAGGAUAGAUCUGUCCAAAACCUCACCAACCUUCUUCAGCCAUUGAGCCCAACUGGUGCCAUACCAGGACUGGGACCAGAUGGUAAUGGAAACGUUCCACCUCCACCACUCGACCUUGAUACGAUAUUCAACAAUGACUACUUUACCGAUAUUGGAGACACAGAGCAUGACAGGAAACUCUCAAAUCUGGACCCCACUGCGCAAACUACCGAUUUGGGAGGAAACCCACACGAACAUUUGGGCCAUGGCCAAGACGAGGGAGACACCAAUGAUCUGUUCGACUUCGGACACAUUCCUGGUGAUGGUGACCUCUUUGACGGCGGCCACGGGCCAGACCAGUACAGCUACGGCUUCGAUGGUACUGGUUAUGGUGGUGAUACUGGAUCUGGCAACAUGGAUUCAGGCCGAGUUAUUGAGCAGUUGACUGAUAGCGAAGCUACCAGUCCUGCAACAGCAGCGGAGACUCCUGGUGAAUCUACCGAACAUGGAAGCAGUACGAAGCGGCGCAGAAAGGCGUGA